AUCACUUUUAAAUUUGUUUACACUUUUUUAAAAGAACAUAAAAAAACCAAAAAAAAAUAAAGAUAUUAUCACCAUGGCUAACGCAAGAAGGUUGGUCGUCAAGGCAAACAAUACUACUGUAGGUUCAUUGAUUCUGAUGGCCUUGGUGUUUGGUUCUUGCGUGGCUAAUGGUGAAUAUCUCGGCGGCCGCCGUGGCCUUGCCGCUAAUUCCGGUAACCCCACGGUCUAUGAUAUUACUAAGUUUGGAGCUGUAGGAGAUGGUGCCACCAAUUCUUUCAAGGCGUUUUUGAACACAUGGAUCCAAGUGUGUAAUAGUCCUGUACCAGCAACGCUACUAGUUCCUAAAGGGGAUUUUUUGGCUGGUCCAGUUAUUUUCGCCGGUCCAUGUAAGAGCAAAGUGACCGUCGAUGUUCAAGGAACGGUCAUCGCUACAACGAGCGGAUACGCGACUCCUGAAUGGAUCUUAUUCGAGCGUGUCGACAACGUGCUCCUCACCGGAACUGGUACAUUCCACGGUAAAGGUGAAGAUGUAUGGAAAGCAGAUGGAUGUGGCAAAAAGGUCCAAUGCAAUCUUCCUCCAACGUCUCUCAAAUUCAGGAACAUGAAAAAUGUUGAAAUCAGUGGCAUAAGCUCGGUGAAUGCAAAAGCCUUCCACAUGUUCUUAGUAAAAACUGAAAAUGUUAAGAUCCACAACAUUAAGCUUGUCGCCCCUGCUGAAAGUCCCAACACGGAUGGUAUCCAUUUGAGCAAUGCAGACCACGUUUCCAUCCUCGAUAGUACAAUAGCAACUGGAGAUGAUUGUGUCUCAGUGGGCCGUGGCUGCAACAACGUAACCGUGGAACGUGUGGUUUGCGGUCCAGGACACGGUUUAAGUAUCGGUAGUCUUGGUAAGUACAAGCACGAGGAAGACGUGAGCGGAAUCCACGUUAACAACUGCACAAUGAUAGAGACAGACAAUGGACUUAGGAUCAAGACCUGGGGUGGUUCAGAUCCAAGCAAAGUUGUGGACGUUAAGUUUGAAAAUAUCAUCAUGCAAAGUGUUAAGAACCCAAUCAUCAUUGAUCAAAACUACGGUUCAAGAGGCGGCGAUUCACGAGUUGAGAUAACAGAUGUGUUGUUCAAGAACGUAAGAGGAACAACAAUUACACAUGAUAUUGUUCAGAUAAUGUGUAGCAAAUCAGUGCCAUGCAAAGGAGUCAACGUUGUUGAUGUGAACUUGGCCUACGUAGGCAAGCCAGGAGGAGAGAAAAAAUCGUCUGCAGGCGGUUUAGUCGGAGCUUUUUGCGACAACGCCAAUGUUAUCUUCGGUGGAAAACUUAGCUUUCCUAUGUGUCCCAAAUAAGUUUUUUGAUAUAAAAAAAAAUUAUUAAUUAAAAAAAAAAACUCAAAAGUUUCCACAAACAUUAUUUUGUUUUGUUUGUGAGUUACGUUAGUUCGGGAAUUUAUCAACAAAAAUUAAUCAUCGGACCUUUGAUAAUGUUUUCCCUGAUUUGUUUUUGUUUUUGAAGUUUCUUGGAUUGUAUAAUAAACAGAUCCUUCAGCUGGGUUGGUUGUUGCUAAAGCGUUUUAGUUGUUAGGAAUUUGGUCUAUGAGAAUUAGUGUAUACAUCCAUCGAACAUAAAUAAAAUUGUUCUAUUUAAA